CGCCCGUUGUGGCCAUGGCGGCCUCAGGCUCCGGUGUGGUGAGGCGAGUGGAGGAGCUCGGGGACCUGGCUCAGGCCCACAUACAACAACUUAGCGAAGCCGCCGGCGAAGAUGAUCACUUUUUAAUUCGGGCCUCUGCAGCUCUAGAAAAAUUGAAACUUCUGUGUGGAGAAGACAAAGAAUGUUCAAAUCCAUCAAAUCUUCUUGAACUUUACACACAGGCUAUUUUGGACAUGACAUAUUUUGAGGAGAACAAGCUAGUAGAUGAAGAUUUUCCUGAAGAUUCUUCACAAAAAGUAAAAGAGUUGAUCAAUUUUCUUUCAGAACCAGAAAUUUUGGUUAAAGAAAAUAAUAUGCAUCCAAAACACUGCGAUUUGCUUGGGGAUGAACUCCUGGAAUGUCUCUCUUGGAGACGAGGAGCCCUACUCUACAUGUAUUGUCAUUCUAUGACCAAAAAGGGAGAAUGGCUCACAAGAAAAUCUAGCUUGCUUAAAAAGUACCUUGUUGAUGGAAUCAGUUAUUUGCUACAGAUGCUGAAUUUUCGGUGUCCCAUCCAGUUAAGUGAAGGAGUUUCUUUCCAAGACCUAGACACAGCUAAAUUACUGAGUGAAGGUCCUACAGGUAUGGAUCUCUGGCAGCUGCUGUUGACCUUGGCAGUGGCAGGCUCAAGUGAUGCUUUUUCUGGGAGUCAAGCCACACCAGCUAUCCUUGUCAGAGCAUCUCAGAGUCUACAGAGAGUUCAUCCAGGCCUAGAGACAAAUUCUUCCGGGAAGCCUAAAUUCACCAAGUGCCGUUCACCUGAACUAGAGACUUUCUCAUGCCACUGGACAGAUGGGGUUCAUCAUGGUUUACAGAGCCCAGGAUCCAUACAGCUGUUCUAUAUCAGAAGGAGCACUCAAGAAUGGACUCAAGAAUGGAAAGAAUGCCCCGAUUAUGUCUCUGCUGGAGAAAACAGCUGUUACUUUAAUUCAUCUUAUACCUCCAUUUGGAUCCCCUACUGUAUCAAGCUAACUAGCAAUGGUGAUACUGUGGAUCAAAAGUGUUUCUCUGUUGAGGAAAUAGUGCAACCAGAUCCACCCAUUGGCCUCAACUGGACUUUACUGAACAUCAGUUUAACAGGGAUUCAUGCAGAUAUCCAAGUGAGAUGGGAACCACCACCAAAUGCAGAUGUUCAGAAGGGAUGGAUAGUCCUGGAGUAUGAACUGCAAUACAAAGAAGUAAAUGAGACCCAGUGGAAAAUGAUGGACCCUGUAUUGUCAACAUCAGUUCCAGUGUACUCAUUGAGACUGGAUAAAGAGUAUGAAGUGCGUGUGAGAUCCAGACAACGAAACUCUGAAAAAUAUGGCGAGUUCAGUGAGGUGCUCUUUGUAACACUUCCUCAGAUGAGGCCAUUUGCAUGUGAAGAAGAUUUCCGGUUUCCAUGGUUCUUAGUUAUUAUCUUUGGAAUAUUUGGACUAAUGGUGACAUUAUUUUUAUUCAUAUUUUCUAAACAACAAAGGAUUAAGAUGUUGAUUCUACCCCCAGUUCCAGUUCCAAAGAUUAAAGGAAUUGAUCCAGAUCUCCUCAAGGAAGGGAAAUUAGAAGAGGUGAACACAAUCUUAGCCAUUCAUGAUAACUAUAAACACGAAUUCUACAAUGAUGACUCUUGGGUUGAAUUUAUUGAGCUAGAUAUUGAUGACCCCGAUGAAAAGACUGAAGGAUCAGACACAGACAGACUUCUAAGCAAUGACCGUGAAAAAUCACUUAAUAUCCUUGGGGCAAAGGAUGACGACUCUGGACGUACCAGCUGUUAUGAACCUGACAUUCUGGAGACUGAUUUCAAUGCCAAUGACAUGUGUGAUGGUACCUCAGAGGUUGCUCAGCCACAAAGGUUGAAAGGGGAAGCAGAUCGCUUGUGCCUUGUCCAGAAGAAUCUAAAUAACUCACCUUCGAAUGAUGCUGCCCCUGCUUGCCAGCAGCCCAGUGUUAUCCUAGGAGAGGAAAACAAACCAAGAUCACUUCUUAUUGGCAAAACUGAGUCAACUCAUCAAGCUGGCCAUACACAGCAACAGCUCAGCAAUCCAAGUUCAUUGGCAAACAUCGACUUUUAUGCCCAGGUAAGUGACAUUACACCAGCAGGGAGUGUGGUCCUUUCCCCGGGCCAAAAGAAUAAGGCUGGGAUCUCCCAGUGUGACAUGCAUCCAGAAGUGGUCUCACCGUGCCAAGCAAACUUCAUCAUGGACAACGCCUACUUCUGUGAGGCAGAUGCUAAAAAGUGCAUCGCCCUGGCCUCUCAUGUCGAGGUUGAAUCACAUGUAGAGCCAAGCUUUAACCAGGAAGACAUUUACAUCACCACGGAAAGCCUUACCACUACUGCUGGGAGGUCUGGGACAGCAGAACGUGUUACAAGUUCUGAGUUGCCUGUCCCAGACUAUACCUCCAUUCAUAUAGUACAAUCUCCACAGGGCCUCGUACUCAAUGCAACUGCCCUGCCCUUGCCUGACAAAGAGUUUCUCUCAUCAUGUGGCUACGUGAGCACAGACCAACUGAACAAAAUCAUGCCGUAGCUUUUCUU